CACCUCAUCCAUCAUGUCUGCUCCCGCCCACAAAUUCAAGGUCGCUGACCUUUCUCUUGCCGCCUUUGGCCGCAAGGAGAUCGAGCUCGCUGAGAACGAGAUGCCCGGUCUCAUGCAGACCCGAGCCAAGUAUGCUGCCGACCAGCCUCUCGCCGGUGCCCGCAUCGCUGGUUGCCUUCACAUGACCAUCCAGACCGCCGUCCUCAUCGAGACCCUCACUGCUCUCGGUGCUGAGGUUACCUGGACCAGCUGCAACAUCUUCUCCACUCAGGACCACGCCGCUGCUGCCAUUGCCGCCGCCGGUGUCCCCGUCUUCGCCUGGAAGGGUGAGACCGACGAGGAGUACAACUGGUGCCUCGAGCAGCAGCUUACUGCCUUCAAGGACAACAAGAAGCUCAACCUCAUCCUCGACGACGGUGGUGACCUGACCACCCUUGUCCACCAGAAGUACCCUGAGAUGCUCAAGGACUGCUUCGGUGUCUCUGAGGAGACCACCACCGGUGUCCACCACCUCUACCGCAUGCUCCGUGACAACAAGCUCCUUGUCCCCGCCAUCAACGUCAACGACUCCGUCACUAAGUCCAAGUUCGACAACCUUUACGGCUGCCGUGAGUCCCUUGUCGACGGUAUCAAGCGUGCUACCGAUGUCAUGAUUGCUGGCAAGGUCGCUGUCGUCGCCGGUUUCGGUGAUGUCGGUAAGGGUUGCGCUAUGGCCCUCCACGGCAUGGGUGCUCGCGUCAUUGUCACCGAGAUUGACCCCAUCAACGCCCUCCAGGCUGCCAUGGCUGGUUACCAAGUCACCACCAUGGAGAAGGCUGCCAAGUUCGGUCAGAUCUUCGUCACCACCACUGGCUGCCGUGACAUCCUCACUGGCGAGCACUUCGAGGCUAUGCCCAACGAUGCCAUUGUUUGCAACAUUGGUCACUUCGAUAUCGAGAUUGACGUUUGCUUGGCUCAAGAAGAACGCCACUUCUGUCCAGAACAUCAAAGCCCAGGUUGA